AUGAAACAGAAAAAUAACCCGAAGGAAUCUGCAUAGUUUUCCUUCAAGAUUUACAGGUAAGAUGACAACUUCAUACCUGACUCAAUCAUCGAAACUUUCAAAACAACUCUGAAUAACCUAGCAGAAGUUAUGGUCUCCAAUUUCAGGUUUAAUUUCAAGACUAUCGGCUCACUUGCUUAUUAAGUAACCAAUAAAAAGGUCGAAAAUAUUCUAACUCAGAACGAGCUAACUAUGAUCAUUCAUCAUAUGGAAAAACUUUGCUUUGAUUUCUUGAAAUUACUCUACGGGGAGCCACAUGUGAAGGUUUAAGACCAUACUGAGAAGGAAAUAGAGUAUUACUAGAUCGUACUGAAAAGACUAGUGGGGGAUCUUGUAAAUACCUAACCCUCAGACUAGACUUAAAGUAGCAGUACAAUAGCUCCUAAAGAUAGAAGAGCUAAGAGUAAUUCUUAGCAGCGUAGGGGUGAAUCAUUUCACUAAGUCACUAGCAGCAAAAUACUUAAGUUCGACUCGCCAUCUAAGAAAAGAGAAACAAUGGAGGAUGAGCGUAGUGAUUUAGAGACAUUUGAAGAUUAAAAUCUAGAAGUGAACUCAACUAAAAUGCUGAAUAGAACUUAUUCGCCAGAUAACAAUUACUCUGCUACAAAGAAACUGAAGGAUCAGAUAUUUGCUAAAAUGACUAAACAAGAGCUGACGCAGAUUAUUCAAAAGCAAAAGGAUCAGAUUAAAGAAUUUAGUCAAAAGCAUGAUGAAGAUGUGGAUUUGAUAGACAAGAUGAGACAUGGCUAUUUGAAGGAACUUGCUAACCUUAGAGAUUAAAUCGUCGGUAAAGAAGGCAAGGGCAAAAAGUUUGAAUACAUAGAGGUGCAUUACUUCGAGCCUACAGAAAAUCUAAAUGAAGAAAUGUGCUUCAUCCUAAAUAAAAAGCUUGAGUAAAUGAAGGAUUUAUAUGAAAACUCCCUUUAGAGACUUCAGCUGACAAAUCAUAACUUGCAAAAGCAAAUAAAUCUAUUCUUAAAGCUUGGUGAGGAUGGUAAUAUCGGAAUUAAGUUCAAUGAAAUGAAUGCUGACUCAGUCAUUAGGAAGCUAUAAAAGAUUGAGAAGGAUCCUCGUAUAAUUUGGAAGUCUUUCGACGAUUACUAUGGCUAUGGGUUUUUCUUUGACGUGCUUGAAUAUGAAUUCGGUAUCACGCCUGAGACUCAUCACAAACUGAUUGAGAGGUUUGAUUAAGAAAUUUCUCAGUAUAAAAAUGUGGCUGUGAAUCAGAUAUCGUCAAUUACUGAGAAGAACAACUCUGAGAUCGAGAGACUAAGGAAAGAGUUGGAAGAUAAGAACUUUGAAUUUAGCAUGAUAAAGCAAAGACACUUGGUUGAUAUAGACAGAAUGAAAAAGGACAUCACAGAAGCUAUGGAAGUCAAGUGCUAGGGAAUGCUUGCUGCUCAGUUCAGAAAGUUUGAUGAGGAAAAAGCAGAGUUCUUUGAGCAGAUCAGGGAAUUAGAGAAGGCGUCAGGAGAUUAUAAGAAUAUCAAGAAGGAAUAUGAUUUGACAAUGUUGUUUACAAAAUGGCUGUUCUUGGCAAAGAUCAGAUCGAUAAGAAGUCUGAAUUCUAUGGACGAAAAAGUUCAUGCUGCCACAGAGGCUGAGAAGUUUAUGCACGAAAGAGAUUUCCAGCUUCACUUAGCCAAGAAUCCAGGACUAAAUUUGAAAGAAGAACUCUAAGAUGCUAAAAAUGAAAUAAAUGACCUCUGCCAGUAAAUAUCAGAUCUCUAAUAUAAUUAGUUCUCUUUGAAAAAAGACAGAGACUAUCUGCAUGACAAGAUCUAGGAGAUCUAAUAGGAGGCAGACAAGUUCAAGCAAGACUUUGAAGAAACAAGACAGCAAGCCAAAAUAUAUAAAGAAGAGUACCAUACUUAUAGAUAAAACUUUGAGUCAUCUCAGAAAUAUGUGAAAUCUCUUGAAAGUAUAAAAUUUGUAUUCAAUCAUUUGAUAAUAGCUGAGAAUAUGCAGUUGAAGUAGAAAAUCAUGAGAUUAAAUGAGAUAGCAGAGUAAUUUAUGCAGAACCCAGAGCAGGUUGAGAGUGCAUUCUCAGUUGCUGCCACUGGCUCCCAGAAGGCAAUCAAUGAACUUAACAUUAAUUGUAAUAGAUAUCGCAUCUAAAGUUUCAUUAAUAUAGUCGUGCAGAAAGUUGAUGAGAUGUAUCAUGAGAAAAUGAAGGAUAAGUCCACUCUGACAAAUCUAUUCGGGCUGAAUAAGACUAUUGACAAGAAGGAUGAUGAAAAACUACCUUCUGUUCCAAAAGAAGUCUAGGCCACUGCUGAGAUGAUUACAUGCGAUAUGUAAACAGACCCGGAGGAAAAACCAGCUAAUCUGGACGAGCUUAUUAAACUCUCCUAAAAUCUUGAUUCACUUGGUGGAGGUCAAUUAAAGAGUAGUAUAGGCUCAAGAGGUCGUGGCAGAGGUAGAGGAGGUAAGAGCACUUUUUAAGCAGGUUAAUCACAAGAAUUCAAUGAUGAAUACAAUUAUUAACCUAGAAGAGGUGGAAGAGGAGGCAGAGGCGGUAGAGGCGGUAGAGGCAUGAAGAAAGGCAUGAGAGGAGGUAAAGCCUCUAGGCUGACUAAUCAAGAUUUAAAUCCAAAUGACUACACUCCAGUUCAUCACAGUAGCAUGAGAGAUAGCAGUGGGUUUGAGUAAAAGUCUCAUGCGACAUACAAGGAUAAAGAAGAAAAUAGUAGAUAUAACGAAGAUAGCUAGUUAGAUGAUUAUGGAGAUGAAAAUCUGGAUUAGUACGACGAUAAUCUGUAUGGGGAAGAAGGUGAUUACGGGGAUGAAGAAUGGGAAAAAGGAUCAGGACUGAUGGACGCUUUAGAUGGUGACCCUGAAUUGAAAAGAUAAAUCUCUGAGGAAGUAAACAGAGAACACAAAAAGCAAAUUAAGAUGGAAGAGGUUGAGGCUAACUCCAAAGAGAUCCAAUAUAGCAAUAGAAGGUAGAGCAAUGUAGAAGAUAAUGAUUUCAUAAUCAAGCAAGGGAAAAUUCUAAAGAGUUCGAAUAGAAAUAGCAACACAAGAAGAAGUGAUGUUCCCACUCCCUAAAAUUCCCAGCAACCAUAUAGAAUCGUUCCUUUUACUCUUAGAAACAUGGAGAGAAUCUUGCAUAGAGGAUAUCACCUGGACAGAAAGGACAUGGAGGUCUAAACUGAUAAGAUAGAUUGGUAUCAAAUGCUUCAAAAAGAAACAUCAAGCGGGCAUUAAUUAAAGUUAUAUGAAUCAAUGGAAAUGAGUAUGAAAGACAUUAGGAAAAAAGUAAACAAAUAUGAUGGGAAAUAUACUAGAGAAAAUCACACUAAAGAAGGAUCACCUACAAAUCCAUAUGGCUAGUCAACCACCUCCCUCACUCAUUAAUUGUUGUAAUCAUCCGCUAGACAAUCAACUAUGGCUUAUUUGAGAUCAACAAAUUUGGGCAAGGGACCAAGGAGUAACUCAGCACUAGACAAUGAACAGUUCUAUGAAAUCCUUAAUCUUUAGAUUCAUGGCAAGAAAUAAAUCAAGCCUGGAAAUGUCUCAGAGUAUUCUUCCCUUAUAGAUCACACGAGAUAAGUCAAGGAUGAAAAUGACAUGAUGACAGGAUAGACGACUCAAAAAUAGGCGAUACUGUAGUUCCCAACCAGGAAAAACAUCAAAGGGCAAUCAAGCAGUAACAUAAGACCAAAGACUUAGUUCAAAAGACCUAAACGAGAAGAAAUUACUUUCCAGAAUGUCCAUCUUUCUAACUAUCAGUUCAUUGAAGAGAAAUAUACAACUAGCAUGGGUUAGAAUGAAUUGACUAAUAUGGAUUUAUUGCCCACUGAAAUUGAUCACCACAUUGCAGGGCCAAAUAUGAUUAACAAUAUCAUAAGAGAUCCUACCCUUGACAAAUUCGGAAAUUCCAAUACUGGAAUUGGCUACUAGAGACCUUUCACUUCAAAGCUUAGAAAUUUAGCUGCUUAUAAACUCAAAAAGAAGUUGAACAGUCAUAAUUAAUCAGUAUAAAAUGAAAAGUUUGCUGCUAUGAAUUCAUCAGUAGACUUGUUUGUCGAACCAACUAAAUAGAAGCUUUGA